CAGUUUAAUAUGGGAGUAACAAGAUGGCGAUCGCUGGCCGAAAGGAGAACUGAACUCGCUUCCUGUCAGCUUUCUACUUCCGAGUCAAUUGAAGGUCGGUUAAGCCGGUGUAUUCAGUACACGAUGGAGGCAGCAGCGGAUCCAGAACUGCAAAGGUUCGUCGAGGCCGAGACACAGAAACAACGGUUCCAGACACUGGUGCAUCAGCUCACCGAGCUCUGCUGGGAGAAGUGUAUGGAGAAGCCAGGGCCCAAGAUGGAUGCAAGAAGCGAGGGCUGCUUUGUGAAUUGCGUGGAGAGAUUCAUAGACACCAGCCAGUUCAUCCUCAAUAGGCUCGAACAGACACAAAAAUCCAGAGCUUCGUUUUCUGAGAAUUUGUCAGACUAAAUGGUGGACCUCCUGUUAUAAAAAAACCAACAUGGGGUGAGGCCAUUUUCCAGUAGGCUGUCCAACUAAGGGGAACAUAUUUCCAUCAGCCGUCCUGGUUAAAUUCAGUCUGGCUGAAUUGAUCUUCAUUGCAAUGCCAAACUGAUUAUCUGCAGCUCUCCACACUUGUCCACUUACUAGACCAAUGGAGGCAUGUCCCAAAUAAUGGACUGGGGUGGGCUGGAGUGGAUGCCUUUUCUUACCGUGCCAUUUAGACAAAGAAGAGGAUGGAAUAAAAUUCCAUUCACAAGUAUUCUGGAUGCAAAGUAGAAAAUGUGCACAGAGAUUUUAUUAUUUUCAUGUAAAAUGUACAAUUAGGUAAAGUACAGAAUAAAUAAAGGAGUGCAGGUUUAAUGGAAAAAGAGCUGGAUGGCUUUAUCUGUUGUUACAAGAAAUGAGUAGCAGUAUAUGUCUAAGCAUGUAUUUUUCUAUGAAUAUGGUUUAUGCAGCAGGACUUCCUGGAAAGAAAAUUCACUAUGGGAAAAGAUGUGUUGCAGAAUUUGACAUAGUGAAUAGACAUCUGCUACCCUUUAAUUAUGCACUUUGACAUUGGCCUAUUCAUCUACAUAGAUGAGUCUUGUUUUCUAAUUUAUGAUGAAAUUUGGAUUAAAAAAACUAGAGGCCAGAUUUCUUUUUUUUAAAUAUCCUAUACAGUAUAUUGAUCUUAUAGGGUGAAAUAGAAUCCAAUAUUGGGCACACUUUCACGAAUCAGCAAACAGCGGUGGUUUCUCUUCCUCUUGGCUUUCCCCUGCAGCUCACAGUACUGUCCCCUCUGGCUGACGUGUUUCACUAAUCCAAUCAGCUUCCUCAGAGGGAAAGUAAAAUAACACAUCACCGUUUCCUCAUUUCAACACAGGGUGUCCAAUUUGGAAUAUUUAAAGCUACUACACUAUAUCUGUGUCUUGUUGUUUGUUUUCUCCGUUGCCUUAGGCACUGAUCUGUUUUUUAUUUGUGGAGCACUUUUACAGCUGAGAGACUGGAAUAGGACCGGCAGGAGUUAACGAAACCAGUGGUUGAUAACUGGGCUAGAGAGCAAGUUUACAUGGUAAUAUAGUAAGUUAGGUUGAAAAAAAGACCACACGUCCAUCAAGUUCAACCUUUUAGCUCUAUUUUAAACUGCCUAGCUGCUAGUUGAUCCAGAGGAAUGCAGAAAACC